CGGCGGUCGGUUGCUAAGACUUGUGAGGCGCAGCGCUUGCGUGCGGCUCUUCAGGUGGCUGUAGGCUUCUGCCCCGCCGGUUGUCACAGCGGAAAUGUCUGGGAAGGAGAACAAUUUCCCGCCGCUGCCCAAGUUCCUCCCUCUGAAGCCCUGCUUCUACCAGAACUUCUCCGACGAGAUACCCAUCGAACACCAGCUUCUGGUGAAGAGGAUCUACCAGCUGUGGCUGUUCUACUGCGCCACCCUGGGGGUCAACCUCAUCGCCUGCCUGGCCUGGUGGAUCGGCGGCGGCUCGGGAGCCAACUUUGGCCUGGCCCUGCUCUGGCUGCUGCUCUUCUCCCCCUGUGGCUACGUGUGCUGGUUCCGGCCUGCGUACAAGGCCUUCCGAGCUGACAGCUCCUUCAACUUCAUGGCGUUCUUCUUCAUCUUCGGAGCCCAGUUCGUCCUGACCGUCAUCCAGGCGAUUGGCCUCUCAGGAUGGGGCGCAUGUGGUUGGCUGGCGGCAAUCGGGUUCUUCCAAACCAGUGUUGGGGCCGCCGUGGUCAUGCUGCUUCCAGCCAUCAUGUUCUCCGUGUCAGCUGCCACGAUGGCCAUUGUCAUCAUAAAGGUGCACAGGAUCUACCGGGGGGCCGGCGGAAGUUUCCAGAAGGCGCAGACAGAGUGGAACGCGGGCACUUGGCGGAACCCGCCUUCUCGGGAGGCUCAGUACAACAACUUCUCGGGGAAUAGCCUGCCCGAGUACCCCACCGUGCCCAGCUACCCGGCCACUGGCAGCCAGUGGCCAUAGAGGGGCCCGCCGGCCCCCGCCGCCCCUCCCCUCCCCCGGCCCGGGUGUGGGGCCCACCCUCGUGUUCAUCGCACCUCCGGGAGUGGAAGUCCGGCCUCUGCCGCCCGGCAGAAGGAUGUCCCCGGGCUACGCGUCCCGUCCGCUCCCUGUGACGUCCACGCCCUCCCCUGUCGAGGUCUCGGGGGGGCCGACCCCGCGCCCCCCUUCCAGGGCUGUCGGCGCGUCCACCCGCUUCUCCCUUCGCCCCUGGCCGGCUCAGCGUGCGGCUCAGUCUUCUAAGUCCCUGCCCACCUGCACCCAGAGGGCCCUCGUGGACAAGCCUGUGGGUCGUCCACACUGGGCAUUAGCCAGCUGGGCACCACGGUCUGGACGUCCCUGUCCGUCUGCCCCGUGCGCUCCGCGCUGGGGCCGUUGGCCUGCUCAGCUCCAGCCUUCCUGCCCGCAUGUCCCCCUGGGAACCCGGAGCAGACAGACCUCUGAGACCUGAAACCUGGGGCAGAGCCCUGGGGCAGGAUGGGCGGCUGCGGCUCCCCUCCGUGUACGAGCUGAGGAACGUGGCUCCCGGUGGGGGGCGCCCGCCUGCUGGCUGCCCGGAGCCUGGGACCGCGACCGCACGGCCCGUUGCUCCAGCUGUGGACGCGGGAGGUGGAGUUUCUCAGGAGAACGGCCUUUUCGAAGGACAGAAGAUGUGACAAAUCUGUGCCUUAGUGAGGAAUCUGAACAAGACGUCGCUCUUCUCUAGCUCCCUGAGACCGAGGACCCGGAUGUCCCAGGGGGCUCUGCACAGCGCCCUCUGAAGGGAUGCCCUUACUGGCACCCCGUGUGCCGCCCCUGCCCAGUUGGCUGCCUCGGAGGUGGGGGGUGGGGGGGAGAGAACAGGGACCCUCUCGGUCGCACACUGCCUCACCGGCCCUGGGACGUCCAGCCUUGUUCUCCACGCUCGCUCCGUCGUUUGCUCGCUUCUGCUCCUUGCGCUAAACACCAUGCGGUGCCCAGAGGUGGCCCCGGUGCCUGAGAAGGCAUCCGGGUCUGGGUGCCCAAAUGUCAUGGCCUCUGGGAUGAAGACCCUGGAUUGGGCCUCCCAGCGGCCCCUUAACCAAGUCCCCAGUUCAGCCUCUGUGAGAGGCAUGCACUGCACUAACCGUGGGGCUGGGUCCCUCCUGACCGCCGCUGACCGGCGGUAGCGGGUGCUGGAGGCCCACGCGCCUGGGUUCGCCCACCGCGCACCCCGUGCGUUGCGGCACUGGGCACCGUCAUUACAUCGUGGUGGGUUCCGUUAGGCCGGAGCAUCCUGGGAACUAACACUGCCAUCCUCCGCGCAUCGCAGAGCCCCUGCCAGGCCGUUGGUGGCUGGCGUCAUGUUGGGCUGCCUGGCACAUGGCCCUGGUGGCCUGUCGCCCCCGCGCACCCUCCCCGUGGACCCGGCCCCACGCAGGCACCCCUCAGCCCUGCCCACCGACCACCAUGGGGCGCUUCCCUCCUGUCCUUUUAAAUCAACUUGUUUUUAUAUGCU